CCAGGCCCCUGGUGAAAGUGAGGAAGGAGAGAAGGGGGGGGAGGGGUCCACCAAUUCCUAAGGUGCAGGAUUAAGGGCAAGGUGUGAAGCCUUGAUUUCUUGGGGACCCUUCUUCAUCUCAGAAACACUCACCCAAGAGUAGGGGAGUGCAAGGGGAAAGGCAACUUGGCCAUGCAAGGAAGGCGGGUCAGCAGGGAGUAAAGCCACCCUUGUCACUUUCCCUCCUGGCGUGGGACCGUCAGGUUUCCUGUUUGAAGGGGGGAAAACAGCAAAAUCCAACAAAGCAAAAAGGGGAGGAGGAAAAAGAGGGUCUGGAGAGGCCUUGGUGGAGGCCAGGGAACUAGUGUCCCUACCAGGCUUGAUCUGCACGCCCCUUCACUGGCCGUGCCCGCCGCUGGCGUUCGGGAGGAGAGCCCGGCCGGCUGGCUGUGUGCGCCCAUUAAUCUGCCGGGCGGGCGGGCGGGCUGGGGGCUGUUUGUAACUUUGCUGCCUCGGUCGCCGUGGUCCCCGGGGAGCGGGCUCCGGCGCUCGCUCCCAUUGGCCGCCGCUGCGUCAGCUGGUGCGAUUUGCUGCUGUCGCUUUUGGCGUUCGGCCAUCCAGAAACAAACCAGUUCGAUGACUACUAAUAGUUAUAGCCAGAUGUACUAAUACACAACAAAUCACAGUCCUGCAGAGGGGCGAGCAAAUGAGUUCCUAUUUUGUGAAUCCCACUUUCCCCGGGAGCCUGCCCAGCGGCCAAGACUCCUUCUUGGGCCAGCUGCCCCUCUACCAGGCCGGCUAUGACGCGCUGAGGCCCUUCCCGGCCUCCUACGGAGCGUCGAGCCUCCCGGACAAGACGUACACCUCACCUUGUUUCUACCAACAGUCCAACUCGGUCCUGGCCUGCAACCGGGCGUCCUACGAGUACGGGGCCUCGUGUUUCUAUUCUGAUAAAGACCUCAGUGGCGCCUCGCCCUCGGGCAGUGGCAAGCAGAGGGGCCCAGGGGACUACGUGCACUUUUCUCCCGAGCAGCAGUACAAACCCGACAGCAGCAGCGUGCAGGGCAAAGCCCUCCAUGACGAAGGCGCCGACCGGAAGUACACAAGCCCGGUUUAUCCUUGGAUGCAGCGGAUGAACUCCUGCACGGGUGCUGUGUACGGGAGCCAUGGGCGCCGAGGCCGCCAGACCUACACACGAUACCAGACGCUGGAGCUGGAGAAGGAGUUCCACUUCAACCGGUACCUGACACGGCGCCGCCGCAUCGAGAUCGCCAAUGCGCUUUGCCUCACCGAGCGCCAGAUCAAGAUCUGGUUCCAGAACCGCCGCAUGAAGUGGAAAAAGGAAAAUAAACUGAUCAAUUCCACGCAGCCCGGCGGGGAGGACUCUGAGGCAAAGGCGGGCGAGUAGAUCCCGGGGAGGG